CUAUCAACCUCUCUAACAACAUAAUUAUUCUUCUUCCUUUUCCUUUCUAUUUAACUAUCCUAUCGGUGCCCUAGAAAUCCUAAUUUCAGGUAGAAUUUAAAUCGGAUCGCAAUUUUUCUUCCGCACUGUUUCAGAUUCAUAUCCCACAAUUCAAUUCCUUCUAAUUCGUGUUUGUCGUUUGUAGGAAGAACUGAUUUUUUCAUCUCUCUCUUUCCGUUGAACAAAUUUAAUUUUUUUUUGGUUAUUCAAACAAGUUUUUCACCAAAACUUGCGAUAGCGAUGGAGGUGAAGAAGCGCGAGGCGGAUUUAGAUACACAAACCCCAAGAAAACGACAGCGGACGCACAAGGGAACUGGGAUUGAAGAGCUGCCUGAUGAUGUCAUUGUUGACAUUCUGUCUCGUAUGAGCAUCAAAGAUGCUGUCAGAACGAGCGUUCUCUCUUCCAGAUGGAGAUAUCUAUGGAUGUCUAUGUCUGUCACAUUGGAAUUUCAUGAUAAGGAUAUUGCUACUCGGAAAAAGUUCAGAGCUUUCGUGAAACACGUCCUCGAGUUGUAUAACCGUGUUGAUGGUUUGGUUAUUCAUUUUUCUAAUACAAGGCAAAAGACUGAAUCUACUGCCAUUGAUCAUUGGGUAUAUUCCGCCAUGCUUAAGCAAGUAAAAAGAUUUGAAUUGGAUUUGUCGGCCGACUGUGGCUUUCACUGCAGCUACGAAUUUCCUAGCUUUGUAAAAUUGCUAACGCAAUUUCAUCGUGAUAAGUACCGUCAGUUCGGGUCUAUGAGGAGCUCCCUAAGAUACCUUAAUGGUUUUGUCUCUCUAAGAACACUUAAAUUGGUUGACGUCGAUAUACAAGAUGAGAUGGUUCAAUAUUUCCUAGACUCGUGUCCUUGUAUUGAACAGUUAUGCAUAAGGGCCUCCGAUGCUACAAAACAUCUUCGAGUUGUCGAUCCAUUGCCAAAUCUGAAGGAACUUGAAAUAUCUGAUUGUUGCAAUCUCGAAAGUCUGGAGAUAUCUGCCACAAAUCUUGCCUCGUGUACGUACCAAGGAAGUGAAAUCAGUCUACCGUUCAAGAAAACUCGAGAUCCCUUCGAGCUAACUCUCGGUGGGGUAUUUUGUAAGUCCUUCGUGUACGAACCUAAUAAACACUCGAGCUAUUCAGCUCAACUGGUGAAGCUUGUCUUGAAUCUUCAAACUGAGGAUGUUCAAAGGGAGAGCAUCAAGAGAACAAUUGCUCCUCCUGAAUUUCAUCAGUUUGGAUCUCUAAAGCAGCUGGAAUUGAAUAUUGUGUCAAAAGUUGGCCGGAGCCUUCUCUUUUUCACAUCAUUGAUCGAUGCAUCUCCUCUCCUUCACGAGUUUAAACUCAAGAUAGACUACUUGGUGUCCCGCCCAUGGUAUUUAGAUUACGAGAUAAAAAGCAUGAUACCAUUUCCAGAAGUAACUCCAGAAGAGGCAAAGAGGUUUCGUCAUAAAAAUCUGAAGGUUGUUAAAAUGGUUGGGUACUGCGGGUGUCUUAGUGAAGAAAAUUUCCUUGUGCAUUUGCUUAAGAAUUCCCCCUCGGUAGAGACAAUCUUUAUAGACACGGACUGCGAUUAUUACUCGGACCAUUGGGACAACUUUGUGGUCAUGUAUAGACUUAGACAAGAUGGGAAAUAUCCGAUGAUCAAGCCCGCGACGAGAGAGGCAACGCUAAUGGAUAACGACGUAUCCAAACAGUUUGAUUCAAGAAAGUGUGAGGAGACCGUGAAAUCCCGUCACUACUCAAUGGGCAAUAACAAGUUAUGGACACAAUUUGACGCAAGAAUUCAUGCCCGGAUAUUGAGAUCCAGAUUCCCGUCACCAAUAAAAUUUGUUAUAACAUAACGUUUGUGUGUGUGUAUAAACAUACAUGUUGCCGUAAUUUAGUAUUUAUGUUUCAACAGAUCCAUAUAUUUACCUAGUACGCGUGUUGGUC